AUGUCCUCCUUCACCACGAGAACGCAUCCUCACAUUCCGCUAAGAACUAAUGGUAAAAAAAAAUACCAGUUGUUCUGCGCCUGUGCCGACACAACAAUUCAACAGAACAGGUGGGAGCAGAGUUUCCAAUUGACCUUAUUAUUAUACGGCUCGAACGAGAGCCCACCGAUAAGAGCCACCCUGAUGCUCAUAGAAAUACUAGGCAUUCAGGUUCAAUUUAAGGAAGUGUACUUGCCUACAAGAGACCACUACAAACAAGAAUACUUGGAGAAAAAACCACUCCACACAAUACCAAUGUUAGAAGACGACGACUACAGAAUCGUAGAUAGACACGCGAUUCUUCCUUACCUCUGGAAAUCGAAAGGUUUGACAGAGUUGCAUGUAAAGAGCAUAGAAGAAGCAUAUGAUAUAGCAGAAAAGUAUCUUGAACAGACCAAGUAUAUAGCGACUGAUAGUUUGACAGUAGCUGACCUGUCUUGUGGCGACAGUUUCUUCUUUGAAUUCGAUAGUACCGAUAAUGAGUGUACGGUUGAACGAGUGAAAGGCAAGCUAGCACAGGUGCGGCGCGCGGCGGCAGUCGGCGGUGAUGUGCCGAAAGCACUCGUCGCACACUCGCACCGGCUUCAGCUAACCGAAGCUGGUUGGAGAACGCUAAUACCAGUCUCUAUGUCUACGGGAUAA